AUUGUGUAUUUGUAUAUUUUCUUAGGUAUCUUGAUGAUCACGCAAGAUUUUACAGGCAAACAAUAAUACUGGGUUUUUAUUCAAAUCCAGAUAUAAAUGCUUCAUUCAAUCAUCAGUGUGUUAAUUAUGAAGGGAAGGUGAAACUGAUGUGUGAAUACAAAGGUGUCUUACACAAAGUGCUACCGGAAAUAAGACAAAUUUACGAACGAUUUGAUGUAGACUCAAUAGUAGAAGCUGAUGAUGCCCGUUUUGAUUAUUUUAUUACAAAGGUUUUCCCCAGAAUAAAAGAUUUAGAUCAGGGAGGGACAAUGUUAUUUACCAGUUCUUACUUUGAAUUUAUUCGACUCCGUAAUUUCUUAAAGUCAAAGAAUGCCUCCUUUUGUUUGCUGGGGGAGUAUACAACCCAAAGUGAUAUCUCUCGUGCACGUCUUUGGUUCUAUGAAGGAAGUAGAAAAGUGAUGCUUUACACUGAGAGAUCUCAUUUUUACCACAGAUAUAAGAUUCGAGGGGUUCAGAAUUUAAUCAUUUAUUCCCUUCCAGAGAGGAAGGAAUUUUACCCUGAGAUUGUGAAUAUGCUUGAUGGGUCUAACAAUAUGACUUGUACUGUCCUUUUUUCCUGCCUUGACAAGCUUCGGCUUGAAAGAAUUGUUGGCACUACUCCAGCCAAAAGGAUGGUGGCUGCGGAGAAGGGUGUUUUUGUUUUCUGCCACUAGAAUUCUGCCUGGGAAGCCAUGCAAAAUAGUUUUUGGGUCCGUGGUGAUGGCAUCAUGUAUUAGUAUGUUACUCUU